GCAGAUCUCCGGACAGGAAGGGAAGGCAGGCGGACGGCUCCCCCUGCACAGCCACUGCUCAGGGCAGCCCCCGGGGCCCCCCUCCGUGUGUGAACUAAAACACGGGAGCAGCAGCCUCUGAAGGAGGAGGAGGAAGAGGGGGGGGGAGGGAGGCGACACCCCUCCCUCUUGGCACAACUGGACCCGGCCAUCGCAACUUAUUGUCCCAGAAGCUGCAACCGUCUGAGCAGAGCCGGCUCAGGAGCAUGGGCCUCUUGGUCCACCUGCUGGUCUGCCUGCUGGGCACCGGCUCCUGGGUGGCCAUCAACGGGGUCUGGGUGGAGCUGCCGCUGAUUGUGCCCCGCGUGCCCGAGGGCUGGCUCCUGCCCACCUACCUGACCGUCAUCAUCCAGCUGGCCAACCUGGGGCCCCUGGCCUUCACCCUGGCGCACCGCUUCCUCCGGGCGGACGAGGUGGGCGUCAUCUACGGGCUGCUGGCCCUGGGCUGCCUGGCCUGUCUCCUGCUGGCCUUCUUCUGGCAGGAGACGCGGCCGCUGGGCGCCUCCCGCUACAGCCUGGCGCUGCUGGUGCUGCUCUUCUUCCUGGCCCUGGUGGACUGCACCUCCUCCGUCACCUUCCUGCCCUACAUGCGCCGGCUGCCCUCUCGGCACCUGACCACCUACUUCGUGGGCGAGGGGCUGAGCGGGCUCCUCCCGGGGCUGGUGGCGCUGGGGCAGGGGGCCAGCGCGGCUCGCUGCGUCAACGCCAGCCUGGUGGGCAACGGCACCACGGAGCUGCUGGCCGAGUACCAGGAGGCCCAUUUCUCCAUCCGAACCUUCUUCCUCCUGCUGAGCGCCAUGAUGGCCUUGAGCCUGGCAGCCUUCCUCGUCCUCAACCACCUGCCUGGACUGGCAAAGAGGUACCGUGCCCGGCAAGGGAACCCGGAUGACGCAGCCGCCGCGGUGGCGGGACAUCCCAUGCUCAGGGCCCCCGACUCCGGCUGUCGGGCGGCUCCCUCCCGUGCCCAGAAGGCCUGCGUCUUUGGGCUGAUGGCCUGGGCCAACGCGCUGACCAAUGGCCUCCUGCCCCCGCUGCAGUCCUACUCCUGCCUGCCCUACGGCCGCCCCGCCUACCACCUCUCGGCCGCCUUGGGCAGCCUGGCCAACCCGCUGGCCUGCUUCCUCGGGAUGUUCCUGGUCAGCAGGUCUCUGAGGCUGCUGGCUCUCCUGUCUGGGGCGGGGUCCCUCCUGGCCUGUUACAUCAUCAGCAUGGCGACCCUCAGCCCCUGCCCCCCCCUGCUGCAUUCGCCCCUCGGUGUCCUCCUCAUCGUCAUCUGUUGGGUCCUCUUCACCGGCCUCUUCUCUUACGUCAAGCUGAUGGUUGGGAAGAUUCUGCGUGAUGAAGGACGCAGCGCCCUGGUCUGGUGUGGGGCCGUGGUCCAGCUGGGCUCCAUGGUGGGGGCUCUCAUUAUAUUCCCCCUGGUCAGCGUCUACGGCUUCUUCCACUCGGGAGACCCCUGCAGCUCCAGCUGCCCCAGCUAAUGGCACCCAGGAGGGCCCCACCGCCACUGGGGCUGCUGCCACCGGCCCUGCCAUGGACGCUGCCAAGAGCCCCCCUCCCCCGCUGCUUCUUGCCCUGGAAAUUAGGUUGAAACCUCCACCCCCUUUCUCUGGGG